GAGAAAAAAGAAAAACCUUUUUGGUAAAUUCAUUUUUGUUCCUCCUAUUUUCACUUAACUCUAUCUUAUAUCAUUACAUUCCCUUGAGAGUUUUCCUUAGAAACUUGACAGGGAAUGUCUGUUUCUCCUAUCUAAUCUUACCCAGAUUCAAGUUAAGAAAAUGAUCAGGGUUUUUCUUUUGAUCUUCUUGUUCAUUCACUCUAGCUUAGCACAGAAAGCAACUGCCCCUCCCACAAAGAAAUGGAUGACUUUAAGUGGCGAGCAGCCCCUCGUCAUAGCACGGGGAGGAUUUUCAGGACUAUUUCCUGAAUCCAGCAGCUUUGCAAACCAGAUGACAGAGUCUGUAAGUCUGAAUGGUGUGGUUAUGCUCUGCAAUCUGCAACUCACAAGUGAUGGAGUCGGUAUAUGCCUAUCAGACAUUCGGCUUGAUAAUUCAACAACCAUCUCAUCACUCUUCCCAAAAGGGGCAAAAUCCUACACCAUAAAUGGGGUUAAUCUUCGUGGAUGGUUCUCUUUGGACUUCACAUCCGAUGUACUGCUAAACAAUGUGUCAUUGGUUCAGAAUAUAUACUCCAGGCCAACUUUGUUCGACGGCCAAUUUCCAAUCUCUACUGUUGAAGAUGUUACAGGACUUAAACCAGCUCAUUUCUGGUUGAAUGUUCAGUAUGAUUCAUUUUACAACCAACAAAAACUCAGUCCAGCAGCAUAUGUUGAAGAUGCAUUGACGCGCAUGUCUAUAGGUUUCCUUUCAUCUCCCGAGAUAGGUUUCUUGAAAAGCAUGAAUGGAAAAGUUAACAAACAGAAGACAAAGCUCAUCUUCCAGUUCCUUGGCCUUGAUGAGGUUGAACCCACAAGCAAACAGAAAUAUGGUUCAAUUCUGAAGAAUCUUGCCAAUAUCAAGACAUUUGCAUCCGGGAUACUUGUCCCCAAAGAUUACAUAUGGACUGUGAAUGCAAACGGAUACUUAGGGGCUCCAACUACCCUGGUGUCUGAUGCUCACAAACAGGGCCUAGAAGUGUAUGCUUCCGGUUUCGCUAAUGAUAUGCCACUAAGUUAUAACUACAGCUAUGAUCCAUCUAAUGAGUACAUCCAGUUUAUAGAUAACUCUCAGUUUGCUGUUGAUGGGGUGCUUACAGACUUCCCCCCUACAGCUUCAGAAGCCAUAGCUUGCUUUGCGAAUAACAAGAACGGCACCAAGCCUAGCAAAGGAAACCCUUUGGUCAUAAGCAACAAUGGAGCAAGCGGGAUAUAUCCAGGCUGCACAGAUCUUGCUUAUCAACAAGCAGUAGAUGAUGGGGCAGACAUAAUAGAUUGCUCAGUCCAAAUGACUAAAGAUGGAGUAGCAUUCUGCUUAGCAAGUGCAGAUCUUGCAGCUGACACUACUGCAAUGAUGCCUUUCAUUGAUAGAAAAGCUCUUAUUCCUGAAAUUCAACAAGAAAUGGGUGUCUUUUCAUUCGCUCUAACAUGGAGCGAGCUUCAAACUGUGAAACCACAAAUAGCUAAUCCUUUUGGGAACACUGCUAUGGUAAGAAAUCCAGCAGCCAAAAACAUGGGUAAAUUCAUGACCCUCUCAGAUUUUCUGGAGUAUGCUAAGGCAAAGGCUGUUUCUGGGAUUUUAAUCAACAUUGAGAAUGCUGCCUAUCUAGCAUCAAAGGAAGGUCUUGACAUUGUAGGAGCAGUAACCAGUGCCUUAAGCAAUGCCACUUUCGACAAGCAGUCCACUCAACAAGUCUUGAUCCAGUCGGAUGAUACGUCGGUGCUGUCCAAGUUCAAGAAUGUACCAACUUACAAACGAGUGUUACUGAUCAAGGAGAAGAUAGGCGAUGCAUCCAAACAGUCAGUCCAGGAAAUCAAAAAGUAUGCGGAUGGAGUUACCAUUACGAGAGGCGCCAUACUUGAAAUUGCCGAUUUCUUCAUUGUGAGUCAAACCAAUGUUGUCAAGGAGUUGCAGGCUGCAAAUCUCACGGUGUAUGUGAAACAGCUCAGGAAUGAAUACGUCACUCUGGCAUUUGAUUAUUUCAGUGACCCCAUUGUGGAGAUUGCUACUUAUGCUAAGUCAAUCCAAGUUGAUGGCUUCAUGACUGAUUACCCAGGAACCGCAACCAAGUAUUUCAGAAGUCCAUGUUCAAACCUAGAAAAGAAAGGUACGGUGCCAUACGCCAUCUUACCAGCUGAACCUGGUUCUCUACUUGGGUUAGCAGGACCAGAAGCACAACCACCGGCAGCACCCCCUGCUGCAGCUCUUGAAGUUGCAGAUGUUGUUGACCCACCACUUCCUCCAGUGGCGGACAAAGCAGCCGACAAAGCACCCACUGCUUCACCAACCAAAUCACCUUCAAGUGGUUGGGCAAAUGCUGCCAACUUGGGUUUUUCCACCUUUGCGGCCAUUGUUGUGUAUGGAUUUGCUUUAUGUUGAGUAUCAUUAAACAUUUAACUUGAUAUGAUUGGGAAUUUGGGACAAUAUACCUGUAAUUUUUAUUCUUUCUUACAAUUUUUAAUUUAAUUUCUAUUUGAGUCGGUAAAUAUUCGACAUUAGUCCUUUA